GCCAGAUCAUCUGAUCUGCUGAUGACCGGUGAUCAGAACAGUGAGUGUAUCAGUCAUGGCUACUGAAGUGGGCCAAAACACACUCAUAGAGGCUUUGAAAGAACUGAUCGGAUUUGGUAGAACAUCUUUGGAAAAUGUAGAAAAGGACGUCGCCAAAGGUGGUUCUUUGCAAGAAAUUGUCAAUGAGAAAAUUCGUCCUUUAUUUGGUCUGAUGUCAGCUGGUGCCAAGUUCUUUAACAGUCUGGGUGUGAAAAACCAAAAGGAAGCAGAACAUUUAUGGGAAAAGUUUUUUCAAAACACUGAUGUUCGAGAUAAUGUUGAAGGCUUGCUACAACUGGAAGUGGAGUGGGAUCGUUUUUUGAAAGGUCUGGAUGUUCAGAUGCAGAUGAGCGACACAGUUCUUUCCCAGUGUCCUGCAGCCCAGACGCUCCGCUCAGAUACACAGUUUAAACACGUCCAGAGUAAAGAGAAUGUGUCUCUAGGUCAGUACUUGGGGAAGGGAGAGAAACUCCUCCUUGUGUUGCUCCGGCAUUUCGGAUGACAGCCAUGACGAGACCACCUGACUGAGCUGAAGAACAGCAAGAAGCUUCUGGAAGCUCAGUCACUGCGGGUGCUGGUGGUCUCGUACGGUUCUCUCGAAGGGGCCACAUUCUGGCUUGAUCAGACAGGCUUUGAAUUUGACAUGCUGUUGGAUGCAGAGAGAGCGGUGUAUCAAGUGUUCGGUCUGGGUUCAUCUGUCAGCAAGGUGAUGAAGUUUAAGUUAAUGCUCCACUACUCUGAAAUCCUGGUGAUGAACCGACAGUUUCCCGAUGUGCCACCUCAGUUCCUCGAGGAUCUCUUUCAGAUGGGUGGUGAUUUUGUUCUGGACCAGGGUGCUAAAGUGAUAUUUUCCUACCGGUGUAGAAGCCCUGCGGACAGACCAUCAGUUCCACAGAUUCUGGCUGCCGUCUCUGCCCUCUCUUAGCAUUGCUGGAGAACAAGGUCUUUGAUUUUUUGUCUUUCUAGUAUGUUAAACUGCUUGACUUGCUUCCUUGCCAUCCCGAUGAGAAGUUCCAGUUCCUGAAAAGUAAUACUCGUUCACGUUUGUGCCAGACUUCCAUUUAGAAUGAUGGCCAAAAUAAAGUUGGUAAAAUUAGCCGUUCAAGUCCCUCGCUUUGUCAUGUAGGAGGUCUGUUCAUGUGCAAAUUUUGGGCUGAAUGGGUGAUUUUACUCAUCCGGAAAAAAAAAUAAUUGGGAAGCUACUGUAUCACUAUGAGACUCAUACUAAAGGGAACACGAAACAAAUAUAAUUUCAGAGUAUUUAGGACAUUAACUCCAUAAGUCUAUAGUAAAUAGUAUGUUUAAAGACUGACUUCAGGCCUUUAAUGUGUUGCUGUAGGUCGGCUCCACAGAUAGACAGCUCCCCCAGAGGUUGUAUGGAUGAAGAUCUGACUCAAACUCAUACACUUGUGAAGAGUCAUUUCUGAUGGACAUUUACACCCUCUGGUCAUCGCAGCUUCUCAUCUGUUGAGUUACAGUAGCACAGACCUGCCUGACCUCUAUAUCACACAUCACUGUCUUGAU